AUGGAGCAAGUGUUCGGGCUGCUUUCCUGGGCGCUGAGCAGAGUCCUGUGGUUCCUGGGCCGCUCUGAGCGUGGAGCUGCCCAGCAGCCCCGGAUCAUGGAAGAGAAAGCGCUAGAGGUUUACAAUCUAAGUCGAAUCAUCUGGGACCCAGAGAAGCCCAAUACUUUAGAAGCACUGGAAGUGGUAACAGAAAGUUGUGUGGAAGUUAAGGAGAUACAUGAAGAAGACUAUCUAGUUACUAUCAGGUUCACACCCACAGUACCUCAUUGCUCUCUGGCCACUCUUAUUGGGCUUUGCUUACCAGUAAAGCUUCAGAGGUAUUUACCUUUCAAACAUAAGUUGGAAAUCUACAUUUCUGAAGGAACCCAUUCCACAGAAGAAGAUAUAAAUAAACAAAUCAAUGACAAGGAGAGAGUAGCAGCAGCGAUAGAGAACCCCAACUUACUGGAAAUUGUCAAACAGCACGUCAUCGAGCCUGAUUAG